CUGGUCCCCUGCUCCUCCCGAAUUGGACGUGCAUUUGUUCCUGGCGAAAUUAGGGGAGUUUUUUGUGAGGCGGAAACGAAACGUCGAGAGCCGGUGGCGGACGGCGGGCCGGCGACAUCUUGGAGGACUUUUAGGACGUAUACGGCGGAGGUGCGGUGCUAUCGGACCUUGUAUUUUUUGUUGUUGUUAUUGUGGCCGAGGAACGGGAUCCUCUUGAUUCUCGAUGUCGGCGGCGGAGAUGGGGGAAGAGGAGGUGGGAAGAACACAAGAGUUGGAGACGGGCGGCGAUCAGAGGAGCUGGUGAGGCAGAUGCCGAGGUCCAGGUGCAGGUAG